AUGUCCUCCAGCAACGGCAUCGGCAGCUCCUCGCUGUCAACACCCAGUUCGGACCCGAGCUCGACAGGCAAAACCCCCAUGCCACCAGACACUGCGAACACCGUUGAACUGAACACCAUGAAGCCUAUCGGAGUGGCAGAGGCGAUUGGACUGGAGAUGGAUAUAAUGCAGGCUGGCUAG